AUGCCACUUUCAUGCCUACAUGUCCUUGAGAGUUUCUUAUGGACUGCAGCAGGGUUUUCAAGAAUUUCCACUCAAGUGGCAAAUGAGAAGGGACUGAAAAGUCUUGAGGGCAAAAGAUUUAACUAUCCUCUUCAAAUCUUAUUUUGUAUUUCUAAAAUUCAACCUGACGGAUGCGAGCGGAGCCAGGGUCCAGAGCAGAGGCCAAACCCAGGAUCUGACAAGACGGCGGGGCUGCCCCGCAGGAUUAUCAAGGAAACCCAGCGUUUGCUGGCAGAACCAGUUCCUGGCAUUAGAGCAGAACCAGAUGAGAGCAACGCCCGUUAUUUUCAUGUGGUCAUUGCUGGCCCCCAGGGUUCCCCCUUUGAGGGAGGGACUUUUAAACUGGAACUAUUCCUUCCAGAAGAAUGCCCGAUGGCAGCCCCUAAAGUACGUUUCAUGACCAAAAUUUAUCAUCCUAAUGUAGACAAGUUGGGAAGAAUAUGUUUAGAUGUUUUGAAAGAUAAGUGGUCCCCAGCACUGCAGAUCCGCACAGUUCUGCUAUCGAUCCAGGCUUUAAGUGCUCCCAACCCAGAUGAUCCGUUAGCAAAUGAUGAAGCGGAGCAGUGGAAGACCAACGACGCCCAAGCCAUAGAAACAGCGAGAGCGUGGACUAGGCUAUAUGCCAUGAAUAAUAUUUAAAAUCGAUCUGAUCAUCAAGUGUGCAUCACUUCUCCUGUUCUGCCAAGACUUCUUCCUUUUUUGUUUGCAUUUAAUGGACACAGUCUUAGAAACAUUACAGAAUAAAAGCCCAGACAUCUUCAGUCCUCUGGUGAUUAAAUGCACAUUAGCAAAUC